AACAUGGAUGAGAACCUAAAUCCUACGGCGGCAUAAGUAAAUCUGAACGGUUCCGACUUUAGCAGCUGACAAACCGGUUUCGAUUACAAGUCGUACAAAGACAACUGAAGGUCCUCUCUUCAUCCUAUUUAAGUUGUGCACUAUUUGUCACUUCCACUUCAUCGGUAGGCGAUCUUACGAUCAUUCAGAUGUCUACUGUCACGGAUGAUGAAAUUAUAAAGCGAAAACUACUAAUAGAAGGAGAAAGCGGUAAUGAUGAUCGUAGAAUUACUUUGCUACUGAAGAAUUAUUUACGAUGGGUAGCUUCUGAUGAUGUUGGUGAAGAUGGUUAUGAGGCCUACCAAGCUCUCAUAGCUAGUGUUUGCCAGUGUGAAAAUGCCAUGGAACAGUCGUCUUUGGUAAUAGCCAUGAACUAUGAGCAGCAGAAGCAGUAUGAAGAUCUGUAUAAGGAGAUUGAGAAUGCUAUUGAAAGUGCGAAAAAUCGCAUUCAACAGUGCAAAGAAGACCUGAGGUCUGCGAAGACUGUUAGGAAAAACAGACGAGAGUAUGACAGUCUUGCCAAAGUUUUGUCUGAACAUCCAGAAAGGCAUAAAACACUUGAGAAAUAUACUAAAUUAAAGGCUACCUUGGAACGACUAGAAAAGUUAAAUGAAGAAUACGACCAAAAGAUUAAACUUAGAAAAACUCAAUUCCAUUUAUUCCUUGUCGCCCUUAAAGGAUUACAGAAAAUUGUAGAAGAUGAUGAGCCGUUGUCUUCAAAUAUAGAUGAUUUAAUGCAUAUCGAGAAUACGAAAUCUGUAAAUGAAGAUGAUUCUAAUAAAAUGGAUACUAUAUAGAUGUGAUAUAAUGUGUAAUAUUUGUAAGCAUUUUUUAAUGUGUCUGUGCUUUUGAAUGUCUACGUUGGAUCGCCUUGUUGCUGCUGCCGCUGUAUUAAAAUGACCUAUCCAUAAAAAAGGUUUGAAUCAGUAUCUAUAUCAGUACUGGCUUAUAGUCUUGUAAAUACUAAUUGUCAAAUAAACGUAUUUUGAAAUUUUUUCUUCAUCGAUGAAAUCACUUUCAGAGGUUGUACAGUCGUACUUAUAUUUAGAACAACACAUUUAAGCGAACAAUAUUGUUUUCAAUUAUAUCUCAUCAGGCUUAACUCUAAUAUGCAUAACUUUACAAAUAAAAAUUCAAAUAUAAACCAGUCGUGGUGUUUUGUCUAUAGGAUAAUAUGAUGGU